AUGGCUGCUGCUGCAAGCGUUGACGACGCUCGUGGGUUGGGCAACCAGGGUUUCCUUGGCAAGAUUGUUGCCCGUCAGAACAUUGUCACCGUGACUGCUACCGCUGACAGCUGCUCACCGGUUGACCCGGCGACUUCGUCAUCUGAGGUUCCUGAAAUCCAGUCCACAACAACUCCACUCCCUCUUCCUUCUUCCAGCAGUGUGGCAGUUUCUUCCGCUGUAGUGUCUUCUGUUGAUCCAAUUGCGACGUCCUCUGUGGCUGCGAGCAGCACCUUCUCUGCUUCCAGAGUUACCCCUUCCGCGUCGACCCCCGUCAGCUCUGAGACACCUUCUCCACCGGCCGAAACCAACUUUGCAACUCGCAAUGGUGGUAUUGACGAGACAAUCAUUGUUGGUGUUGCUGCAUUUGCUGCUCUUGCGGCAUUGUGA